GGCUUGGGUUCUGAGUUCUGUAUGGUGGAGGUGGUGAUGACCAGCAUCGUCGAAGCCAGCCUCUUUCAGGUGGAUGAAGGCCUCAUUUGACAGCACGCAACAAGUAGAUGAGAUCCUUGCACACCACUUUCUUCAAUCAGGGAAUCAAGAAAUGGAAAGUGGCUGCGGCGAUAUGCGCCGUCAUGUGGGCCGUCGGUUUGCUCCUGAUAAGCCCUGUUGGGAAGUAUUGGGUCGACCUGCUGGAUGACUUUACUGGCGCAUUUGCCUUGUUUGUCGUCGCAUUGGUCGAGGUGCUGGCGGUCGUGCACAUCUACAAACUGGGUCGAUUCAGCGAGGACGUAGCCGAAAUGACAGGUGAGCUCACAUCCAUGGGACAUCGACGCAGCCACAUCAACCCAUUCCUCUGUCGUGUGUCCGUUGAGUGCAGGCAUGCGCAUAAGCAAGGCCAUGAGGUUGGUCUACCGUUACGUCACUCCUAUCGGCAUAGCCAUCCUCCUCCUUUCCUCGGUGAUGGUGUUUGCCGUGGAGAGACGCAGCAACUUUCAACACUCACGGCAGCCUUCGGUGGGCAAAGGCUGCGUCGGCACCUGUGGCGCCGACGCAAACCCGCCACGCGGCGUGUGUGAGACGCGCAAUAUGUUCUGUCGGUGCAAGCGCGGGUGGGGCGGCGCCGACUGCACGACGAAGAUCGACACGCGAGUGUAUUCCUGCCCAGAGGACUGUAAUGGACAGGGCGUGUGCGACGAGACCACUCAGCAAUGUACGUGCUUUGCUGAGUUCGAGGGCGAAUCGUGCAGAGGAGACAAGUACGCAAAGGGGUUUCCGCCAUGGGCACUAUUCGUCGGAUUCAUGGUACAACGCACACAAGUGCACAGCGUACACUAUAGCCACUCGUUUCUGGUUUCUUUGGUUUCAGGUCGCCAUAGUGUCGGUUCUGCCGAUCCCUCUUGUGGCGUUCUGGAAGCACUUGAGGAAGCGGGUGAAGCAGAAGAUCGACGAGAACCCUGAGGCCACCCAGACGGCCAUGUACCCGUCGUCCUCGCGGCCGCCCGCCACACCAUCCAACUCCACUGAGGACAACGCAUCAAGCGACAGUGACGAUGAUGACGAUGGUCCGCCGCCGUCAGCGCUGACAAGCCUGCUGUCCUGCAUGCCUGGCAAGCGCAAGACCGGCCGUCAGUCGGCCAGGGGGGUGGAGAUGAGUCAACAGAAUGGCAGGGGUGGUGGGAGGGAAGAUAGGAAGCAUCUGCCGUCAUCACAGCCCCAGUUUGAUGACGACGACAGUGACGAUGAACGGUUCUGACGAUGCCGUCCUCACAAAAACGAUCGUGAGGAACGAGGGAGG